AUGCAUGUGCCACUCGGCCGCUCUCAUCAAAUUAUGAACUCUUCAUGUGGAAGCGUGGUACAAUUUUUGCAAGGCAAAAACGGAAUAUGUUUGGACAACGCGCAAGACAUGAUAAGAGGGAUAAGUCCGGUCUGGCAAGCCCUCGUCGCUGGUUGCUUCACAUGGGGUGUUACCGCCUUAGGAGCCGCACUGGUAUUCGUUAUGAAGCACCAGAAUCGAAAAUUAUUAGAUCUUAGCUUGGGUUUUGCGGCUGGAGUUAUGACGGCAGCUUCAUUUUGGUCAUUACUCGCUCCUGCUAUUGAAAUCUCAGAGAAAACGAUGGGAUCACUUGCUUUUCUUCCUGUAGCUGUCGGUUUUGCGGUUGGAGCGGCAUUUGUACAUUUCGCCGAUCGUAUGCUUCCAAGUUGUGUGAUGGGCGAUACAGCAGUCAUGGACUACCUGGCUCCAGCAAAAACUGAAACUCAACUCUCACUUGUGUCCGCCAAUGGCUCUGAGAGCGCCCCAGCUCCACGGUACGAUCCUAGCGACAAAUCUAGUGGUUUGCGUCGUCGUGGCUUGACAAAUAGAUCAGCGCCCGAUAACGAAGGAGCUAUUGAAGAGAACGACCUAGCGACAGCACAUGAAAAAGAGGUUAUGCAACGACUGGAAGAUGAGUAUCGAUCAUCUUGGAGAAGAAUCAUGCUUCUAAUUCUUGCCGUCACUGUCCACAAUAUUCCAGAGGGACUUGCGGUUGGCGUAGGGUUUGGCUCAGUGGGGAAGGCUGAGGCGGCAAAGUUUGAAACUGCUUUUAAUCUCGCUGUCGGGAUUGGGCUUCAGAAUUUCCCUGAAGGACUAGCCGUCUCUUUGCCUUUAGCUGCGUUUGGGCACUCGAAGCUGAAGGCAUUCUGGUACGGUCAACUGUCAGGAAUGGUGGAACCGAUCUCAGCCAUUUUGGGUGCUGCUGCUAUUAUACUCAUGGAACCAAUUCUACCCUAUGCACUUGCGUUUGCCGCAGGAGCAAUGAUAUACGUUGUUGUCGAUGAUAUUAUUCCGGAAGCACAAAGAAGUGGGAACGGCAAAUUAGCGUCAAUUUCAUGCAUAAUAGGCUUUCUGGUGAUGAUGUGUAUGGACGUAGGCUUGGGAGACUCUGAAGAUAAACCGAAUUAA